AUGGAAAACCUAUUUGAAGAAAAACACCCACCUCCUAUCAAAUUAGUUGACUCAAUCAUCGUUCUCGGCUUAUCCACAAAAUCCCUUAGAAGUAGCUAACAUUUAGACAUUUUCAUCGAAGGAAAACUAGAAGGAACUCCUGAAGUCCUUGCAAAAUUGCCUCCAUCUUCAAAAGACUCAAAAGUGUUCUCACAAGACCAAAUAAACGUAACCCCAACAUAGAUGAUUUUUACUGAUAGAAUCAUCACCCUUGAAUCCAAUCCACUGCCUCCAGCAUUUUUUUCAACCACAAUUACAAGCGAAAAAGGCUACUUUACCCACAUCCACUGUUUAAUUACCUAUGAAAAAAUAAACCCAAGUAUAAUUGAAAGUUCAAAGGAAAGAAGAAUUCCUAAGAACUUGUUAGAAUUCGUCCCUAGAAACACAGAAGAAGAAAACAAUCAUACUGAAAAUGAUAUCUCUUAUUAUAUCCCAGUCGCAUUAUGCUUGUUGACUAAUAGCAACUACAUAGACUUAUUCAGGAAUAUUUUAGAAAAAGUGUAUGUUCAUACGUGAGAAAUGGUGCAGCAAGAAAAUUUGCUGCUUGGGUCUACAGAGUUCUUAAGGAAUUGCUUUUUUUUACUAAAUGAUACAAUAAUCCCACCGAACGACAUAAAUUACACAAUUAAAGUAGGAAACCAAACAAUUCCUUUACCGCUAGAAAAUAAAUCAAGGUUCAGCUAUAAUGAAAGCUGUGUAGCAGUUCUAAUGGACUUGAUAGAUAUAAGAAAUAUUAUUGAGUUCUGAGAAAGUUUGCUACUAAGCAAGCACGCUUUUAUCCAUAGUGGGAAUGAAUAUUUACUUUUUUUGAUUUUAGAAGCAUUUAAAAUCAUACUAUUCCCAAUGACCUGGACAAUGAAUUAUGUCCCAGUGCUCAGUUCUCACUUAACAGAUUACAUGCAAACCCCUACGCCUAUUUUGAUUGGAUUUAAUAGUAAACAAAUUUCUAAAGAAGAAGCAGUUGCAAAAGACCCUGAAGCGACCAUACUAGACGUGGAUUCAAAUAUUUUGUAUUCUCAGUCAGAGCCGCUCCUUUGCAAUUGUGUUAAAGCAAAGCUGAGCAAAAAACUACAGCUUGCCAAAGCUUAUUAUUAUGUAAACCGAGGAAGACUGAAUACUUUUAGAAUGAACACUUUAGAAAAAAAUAUAAAAGAUCCACUAUUUGUAAAUACUGCCAGAAAACUAUUAGAACCAAUAGAAAGUGACGAAAGAGAACAAAUUUUUGUAUCACUGGUAAGGCACUCUUUCCUAGAAGUGUUUAUUGAAGGAAUAGGCAAUUUCUCUAAAUAUUUGAAGUACUCAGAAGAGACUAAACUUUUUGAUUUCCAAGAAGACGAUUUUAUCAAAGACGUUUCUUUGUGCUCUAACUGUAAAAUGCAAGAGUUUUGGAAAGGGUUUAUUGACUCUGUCACAUUCCAGCAGUUUUUGUUUUAUUAUGGAAUGUUUGAUGAAUGCACACUUAAUAAAUUCAGAAAAAUAGUAAAAGAAUAUAAAAAAGGAACUUAUGAAAUUUAUGCCACGUCGUCUUGCUAUCCUUUUAAUGUAUCUUCAAGCAUCAGUCCUAAAUUUAUGUACGAAUAUUUGAAAAAAGAAGUGGAGGAACUUCCUACUGAAAAUCAUAAACAAAAAUUCAUUAAAAACACUGAAAAAGCGCUUCUUGAGAAAAUCAUGAAAAAAUUGCAGAGAAAUAAUGAAUAUUAUGACCAAGCUGAGCUAUCACAAGUGUAUGACAGAAGGAAAAUGUCGUUAAGCAUGAUUAGAAGCAAUUUACUUAAUAGCAGUGAAGAAGCAAAAGAGAUAACAAAUAUAUAUUAUGGAAAGUAUGGAAUUGCAAUGCUAGCGAGAAUUCCUCUUUGCUUAUCAAGAAGCAAAUUCAGAGAAAUCAGCUCUCAAAGAUGCUUAAAUGAGCAGCUAACAAAUGAAUGCGAAUUAAACCCAACCAGAUGAGAACCAUUUGCCUUGAAGCUCUUUUACUCCCUCCGAAGAAAUAAGAAAAAUUGGCAACUUUCGGAUUUAUUAGAAAUUUGUAAAAUAAUCAAUCGGCUCAAUACUCAAAAUCUGCCACGACACCAUGCAACGCUGAUUCUUUCAUUAAAUUUCGAACGAUUAAAUAAAUUAGAGGCAUUGUUUAAAGUCGGCAGAGGAUUUUCACCUUUGCAAGCUGAUCCGGUCAUAAUGAACGCUGGCUGGCACCGGCUGCCUCACUUCAGGCUCACCAAUCCGACUUAAUUCCAGGACUCCUAGCUCUAAGAGUGUCGGACCAAGGCGAAACUCAAAUAUCGCUCUAGACUCUUGCUAUCUUAAGGUCCCUAAUUUAAGAAGGGAGAAAACCUAAUCUCUGGGAUGAUGACCAACUAUGCUCUUUUCAGUCCCAUGCCAGGAGGAAAGCCCCAUUUUUCCAGGUAUCAACCUGCAGCACUAAGAAAAUCUCUUAUCCUAUACACUAAGGACACGGACUUGCUUCUCGACUUAGUUCUUACUUCUUUUGUUCUUCAGGCGUUGAGAAUAUUGAAUCAAGAGGUCGGGCGUUCACCUACUAUAUUAACAUUAUAGAUUUCGAACAAAAUGAAGGCUCAGUCAGAAUUUUGAUCCGAGGCCAAGGAGAAUUAAGCAACCUAGCUAGAGUUUAUAUUCAAAGCCUAAGCCAUGACAGAAAUGACCGAAACCCAAGAGCUUCUAUUGAUGAAGAUAUGCUAUCGCCAGGCGGUUCAAGAGAAAUAAGCAGGGAAUUAAGCAGAGAACUCAGUGGAGAGCUAAGCCCUGUGUCGCCUAUUUCUGGCAAUCCUGAAUUCAAACGAAGACAUACAAGAGUUAUAAAAUAUCAUAUAGAGGUUAAGUCUUAA